CUUAAUAUUUAAAAAUGAGCAUAAGAAGAUUUAGAAGUGGAGGUAUGCAUGCAAAUUCAGAAGAAGAAUACUUACAUGUAUAAAUUUUUUAAGAAUUUCUUUUAGAAAAUUGUUAAGUUGGAAAAAUAAUAAAAGAAAAAAACUUAUUGUUAAGAAGAUGAAGACUUUGAUGGUUUCAUAUUGAAUUCAUAAUUUACUUUUGAUUGCAUCGAACAGCCUCAAUUGCCUUAAAUCACUUAAAAAUCUCAUUUCAUAUUAAUUAUGAUUGAUGAUCUAUUAUUAAGUCCUAGAAGACUGUAAAAUAUGAUAGAUUACAGUAAGUUAAUAUUUAAAAUAUUUUUAGCAGAUAAUUGUGAAACAAUGACUUAAAGUACAAAUGACGAUUUCUCAAGUUGGAGUCCUUAAAUAAUGAAUUAUGAUUUAAUAGUUCAUAAUCAUACAUUAGAUUGUGUGAAUCACCUUUUUAACAUAUGGAUGAUAAAUACUAAGAACAUAAAUUCAACUUUUAAAAGUAUUUUAAUUAUCAAUAGUAGAUUGUUAUUUCUAAUUAUUUGAAGCCUUUAUUUGUGUAAACAAUAUAAAGAGCAUGAUUUUUUAAGAGGUAUUCUCAGAAAUAAAAGAAUUUAAUAGUGAAGUUCAGUAAUUUCAUAUCAAGGAAAAUGAUGAAGUAAAAAUAGUUCUUAGAUUAGGCUUCUCCUGAAAGAAAAUAAUUCAAUAAUCUUCAAUAAGUUUUGAAAACAUUAAUUGAUUAGAGAAUUUAAUGAAGAC